AUUCACGUCACACAGCAUCCCCCAUCGAUCACCCCAACCGUGCUCCGGGUCAAUAUCAUAUUACUGUCUAAUAUGAAAACCCCGUUUCUAUUCUAAACCAUCCAUCCCCCUCCACCUCCCUUCUCUCCUCCCUACUAAGCCUAACUAUCAGCGAGAACAACAAUCGCGGACAAUCACCGCCUCCAUGGAUCCCGCAUCCGGGCGGGCCAAGCCGCCCUCGGAAGUCUCGAAUCCCCGUCGUCUAUUGAUCCUCGCACUCCGAUACGCCGUCUCCCCAAAGGAAUACGCGGUUCUCCGCCGUCGCAUACUACUCAAAGGCCCGGUGGGUCUUCGCGCCGUGACGCCAUCCAAGAACCAGUUCGAUGCAGUAUGCUAUGAGCCGGGGCGGGACGACUACCUUCCUGCGGCAAGCAGAGCUGGCCUUCGGGUUUUCCUGUUGAGUAACGUGGCACUGAAUUCGUGGGAUGUUGUCGUGGGGCGAUCGGCCAGGGGACGGCGGAAGGGUGGUAGCAAUGAUAUAGCGAAGAAAGCGAUAGAGACGGUGACCGGGGCGGCGCUGUUCAAGAGUCCGAAUUUCCUCUUCUCGCUGUCGUUGAGCACACUGGUUGUUACUCACCGGUUACUCUAUAAGUUUUUCUUCAGUCUUCGGGAGAAUUUGUUGCUUCCGCAGGCACGUACGUUUCGGCUGAGACACCCGAGGGUUGCAAAGCUUUUCUUAUCGAGGCUCUCGCCGUCGAUUGGGGCAGCGUUGGCGGGGUUGGCAUUGUUGAUCCAUCCUGUGGGGGAUAGGAGGGCCACCGUUUCUACCUGGGCUUUUGUGAAGGCGUUGGAGUUUUGUUACAAUAGGUUGGAGGAUGAAGGGUGGUUUCAGAAUAAGCCUUGGGUACUUUCCCCUAAGUUUUUUCUGGUGUGUGUGGCGCUGAUGAAUUGGCGAGGGUAGUGGUUUGGGUCGUGGAUGCUGUUCCCAAUUGCUUCGGGGCAGUUGCUUUACGCUUUCGUUUUCGAUAGAGAUUGUUUCCCGUCUGAGUAUGGGAGUUUCAUCAUGGGGUAUUCGAAGGAGUAUGUCCAAGCUCGGCCGGUAGGCUAUCCGGGCCAUUUGCAAUGGCCGGGAACGUAUGAUAUCGUGGACGGCUUAGGGAAGAUUGCAGGGCUAAAUUAUCCGUAUGUUUUGUUCUACCCUCCCAUCACUCACGUCAAAUCACUAACCCUCCACCUCUAGCCCCUUCAACUCCGCAAUCCUAUAUCCCGACGCGAAUCCCCUCCCAAAAUCCCUCCAGCGGGUCUCCCCAAUUGUCUCCCCCGCUCAUCCUACGAUAACCUCCCUCCAAUGUGCCCUCCUGCACCCGCAUGAACCUAGCUGCCUAAAAACAUAUCUAGCAUUUUGGGCCUCGGAGUUUACCUCUGUAGCGAAGUUCAUGUCAGUGGUCUAUGCCAUAUCCUGGCUCCCCCGCUACAAAGCCUUCCUACGCAACCCGGUAGACACGCUCGGGAAGCUCUCAAAGUCUACCCUCCUGACUACCGUGUUCACCACGGGAUCGGUGGGAACCUCCUGGGGCAUGGCCUGCUUGUUUCAAAAACUUUUACCCAGGCACUUGCUUCCAAAAGGACGGUACUGGCUUGGCGGGUUCAUUGGCGGGUUAUGGGCGAUUGUGGAUUCUAGGGGUGGUCGCGGAAAUUUUUUGUACAUUUUUAGGGCUGGGUUGGUUAGUGCCUGGAAGGUGCUUGUUAAGAAGGGUUAUGUUAAGGGCGUCAAGUGCGUUCUCCUCCCCUCUCCAUUGUCCGAGUGACUAAUUGUGGGGUAUAGAAAUGGUGAUGUAUACCUGUUCAUCCUAGCGCUAGCGAUCAUCAAUUCGCUAUUUGACACUGAGGCACAUACUGUUUCCGGAAGCUUUUCUAGGAGUGUUUUAAGCUCUGUGCGCGGACGGGGGUUGAAGGACCCUGUUAAGGAGGCGGAGGGGGUGUUGGAUAAGGGGAAGGGGAAGGAAGUAGAUACUAGUGAAGCCAUGGCUGUGGGGGGGAAGUGAUUGUUGGAGCUUCUGUUUUUUUGGGGGGGGGUUUGUAAGAUCUUGAUGGAAUAGGGGGUAACUUUUUUAUUUUUUAGCCUAGCUUCGAGCAAUAAGGAUAUGCUCUGGGGGGUAAUAUAGUAAUUGACUUCACCUGG